GCAACCAGAGACAUGGACUACCACUCCAUGUCUCUGGGUGCAACAUCGAAGGGUCCAAGUGUUGGGUUAUGUGUAUUGUAAUAACCUUCACUGAUUACGUAUUUACCUAAGUGUCCUAGUUAUUCAUAAUUCGCCUUUGUGGGAUGAAAUAACCUAAGACCUUUGUUUAUAUAAAAAAUGCUAAGACGCUAUGGGAGUCGGGAAUGUUUUCCACCGAAUAUCUAUUUUGAACAUAGCCUAGUGACAUUCCAAGGUGACCGAUGUAUUAACAAGUUAUUUAAUUUUUGAUUUGUACUGCCAUAUUGGCUGUGCCACUUUUUCGUUUCUUCAAGAAGUACCUGUUCAUGUUUAUAUUGUAACCAUUUCUUGUGUGAUAAUGUCUGCGAUUGUAAAAGUUGAAAUCAAACAAGAAGAAGAAAUAAUUGCUUCUCUGGAUGACAAAGUUUUACUUGGCAAUGAUGGCUCUGUUCCAAUCAAGUGUGAAGUCAAUGAAUGUUCGAUUAAUGUGGGUUAUUCAAACGUUGGUGAAAAUAAAAUCCAGCAGAAAAAUGAACUACUGAUUGAACAUUCCAAAAAUUUAUCGUAUGGCCAACCACAAAUUAAAGACUUUUGUUGCGCUCAGUGUGAUUUUGCAAGUAAUUAUAAAUCCAAUUUGAGAAUUCAUUUACAAACGCACAAGGUUACCAAAGAUUUCGAAUGUGCACAGUGUAAUUAUGCAACUCAUAACAAAUUCCUUUUAAAAAAUCAUCAGUUAAAACACAAGAGUACCAAGGAUUUCCAAUGUGAACAGUGUGAUUAUGCAACCCAUACCAAAUUCAGUUUUAAUAAUCAUCUAUUAAGACACAAAACUGUAAAGGAUUUCAAAUGUGCUCAGUGUGGUUACGCAACCAAUUAUAAAUCACACUUUAGAAGACAUACAUCAACACAUAAAACUAUCAAGGAUAUCAAAUGCGCACAGUGUGAUUAUGCAACCCAUGACAAAUCCAACCUUAAAAAACAUCUGUUAGCACACAGCACUGCGAAGAAAAUCAAAUGUGUAGAGUGUGAUUUUGCCACAAACUUCAAACACACUUUUAAAAUGCAUCUGUUGACACACAAAAGUGUCAAAGAUUUAAAAUGUGCACAGUGUAAUUAUGCAACUCAUAACAAAUUCUAUUUUAAAAAUCAUCUAUUAAUACACAAAAUUACCAAGGAUUUAAAAUGUUCACAAUGUGAUUAUUCAACCCAUAGCAAAUUCUAUUUUAAAAAUCAUCUAUUAAGCCACAAGAUUACCAAAGAUUUAAAAUGUACACAGUGUGAUUAUGCAACCCAUAAUAAAUUCAGUUUUAAAAAUCAUCUAUUAAGACACAAGACUGCUAAGGAUUUCGAAUGUGCUCAGUGUGAUUAUGCAACCCAUAUCAAAGUCAGUUUUAAAAAUCAUCUGUUAAGACACAAAACUGUCAAAGAUUUAAAAUGUGCACAAUGUGAUUAUGCAACCAAUAAUAAAUCGCACUUUAAAAGACAUAUGUUAAUACAUAAGACUGUCAAGGAUAUCAAAUGUGCACAGUGUGAUUAUGCAACCCAUGACAAAUCCAAUCUUAAAAAGCAUCUGUUAACACACAGCACUGCGAAGAAAAUCAAAUGUGUACAAUGUGAUUUUGCCACAAACUUCAAAGACACUUUUAAAACGCAUCUGUUGACACACAAAACUGUCAAAGACAUAAAAUGUGCACAGUGUAAUUAUGCAACUAAUAAUAAAUCACUCUUUAAUAGACAUUUCCUCAGACACACGACUGCCAAGGAUUGGCAAUGUGCACAGUGUGAUUAUGCAACCCAUGACAAAUUCAUUUUUAAAAAACAUCUAUUAAUACACAAGACUGUCAAGGAUUUCAAAUGUGAACAGUGUGAUUAUGCAACCAAUUAUAAAUCUAAUCUUAAAACACAUCUAUUAAGACACAACACUAUCAAGGAUUUUAACAUAAGAUAAUUAACUGCCUAAAUAUGCAUAAGAA